GGCGAGCGUGGAAGCAAAGCCCGGCCCCAUUAUUAUCUGCAUAUCCACGCGUGGGAGGAGGGAGGAGGAGAAGAAGGCGUGCACAUCUCCCCCAUGCGAGGCUUUCCUUACCUGUCUGGCGUCAGGACACCAUGGAGUUAAUUUAAAGAAAGGUACUCGGGGAAUAUUUAAUUAGAGUAGCUCAAAGAUCGGACGGAACAAGUAAUCCAAUCUUUUUUUUUUUUUUUUUUGAGGACACGUCCACCAGCACAUUUCACCUGCUACUUUCUGGACCGGACCGGACCAUGGACUGCACCCUGGGGACGGUUCUACACGAGCUCGGUGCCGCGGGAAAAAGUCGCCAUGCGUGCAUGUGGAAGGGUUAGUUAGUUACUUAGUUAAGUAGGCCGAUUGUGAGGUGGCGGGGGGGAGCAAGUCGCUUUGUGGUUACGCAUCCAGUACGUACAGUGCAUGGCCCACGGACGGAGUGGCAACGACCAUGCACAAGCCCCUCCGAACCUGGACCCUGUACCCCGUGUUCCUGUGUUUGGGCAUCAUCUACCUCAGACUCGGGGCCCUGUCUUCAGUGGUGGCUCUGGGUGCCAACAUUAUCUGCAACAAGAUUCCCGGGCUGGCGCCUCGUCAGCGGGCCAUCUGCCAGAGCCGCCCGGACGCCAUCAUUGUUGUGGGCGAAGGCGCCCAGAUGGGCAUCAAUGAGUGUCAAUAUCAGUUCCGCUACGGCCGCUGGAACUGUUCGGCGCUGGGGGAGAGGACGGUCUUCGGUCAGGAGCUGCGUGUAGGCAGCCGGGAGGCGGCGUUCACCUACGCCAUCACGGCAGCGGGCGUGGCCCACGCCAUCACGGCGGCGUGCAGCCAAGGUAACCUGAGCCAGUGCGGCUGCGACCGGGAGAAGCAGGGCUACUACAAUCAGGAGGAAGGCUGGAAGUGGGGCGGCUGCUCAGCCGACAUCAAAUACGGCAUCGAGUUCUCCCGCCGGUUCGUCGACGCCCGGGAGAUUAAGAAGACGCCGCGGCGCCUGAUGAACCUGCACAACAAUGAGGCGGGGAGGAAGGUUCUGGAAGAAAGAAUGAAGCUGGAGUGCAAGUGCCACGGCGUGUCGGGCUCCUGCACCACCAAGACGUGUUGGACGACGCUCCCCAAGUUCCGUGAGAUCGGCUACGUGCUCAAGGACAAGUACAACGAAGCCGUGCACGUGGAGGUGAUGCGGGCCAACCGGCUGCGGCAGCCCAGCCACCUGAAGGUGAAGCAGACUCAGGGCUACCGCAAGCCCAUGGACACGGACCUCGUGUACAUCGAGAGGUCGCCCAACUACUGCGAGGAGGACGCGGCCACGGGCAGCGUGGGCACCCAGGGCCGCCUGUGCAACCGCACCUCGCCGCACACGGACGGCUGCGACCUCAUGUGCUGUGGGCGGGGCUACAACACGCACCAGUAUACCAAAGUGUGGCAGUGCAACUGCAAGUUCCAGUGGUGCUGCUUCGUCAAGUGCAACACGUGCAGCGAGCGGACGGAGGUGUUCACCUGCAAGUAGAGGACCGGAGAAAAAGGACCUCUGACGGACACUCUUCACGGCAUCGUUUUGCACACCAGAAUCUUUAAAUCGCUUUCCACAGAGUCAAAUGCAAAGUACCAGUCGGCGACUUCAUGCGAGGAUGUACGCACGGGACCGCCAGAGCCUCACGCGUGGCAAAGUUGCGCCCUAGUGGACAAGGGGGGCGCAUGUUGGGACACAUUUUUCUAAGCAAGGUGCGUUGAGGUGUACCAAAAAAAAAAUAUAUAUAUAUAAAUAUAUAUAUGAGCGGAGAACUCUGUGGAAGCCUCUGCUGCCAACUGGAAUAUGGUGGAGUUAAGGUCGGUCUUCCAGUCACACUGGAACUGUCUGUUCUGAACACUGAAAAAUAAAUUGUUUAUUUAUGUAAUAGUAUCUUAAAAAAACAAAAACAAAGCACUAACGGGUAGAGAUGUCUUUUUUGUUUACUAAGUGUAAAGAAAGUACUUUAGGAGCUCUGACUGAAGCUGUAUGUCUUUUAAGAAAACACCCCCAUCCGACGACCCUUAAUCACCUCAUCUUGUCUUGUUCAAAAGAGCAUCGUUAAAAUGUGUCUGGCAUUCCCAACGCUUUGGCUCUAUUUAAGUGUCGCGUCGUUUGUGUUUUCACGCUCCGUUGCCGGCGCGCACCGACCUCUCGUCGGAUGCUCGGAGCGGCGGGAAUGUUCCUGGAAACUGGAUGAUGUUGUCGAGUGCUGCACUGAUACUUUCUCUUCAGUCGUGCUAAAUAAAAGUCCCCGGUUGGAAAGUA